AUGCUACUAUUUUAUCGAUUAUUUAUUAUAUCUUGUUAUAUUGUAUAUUGUUUAACACAAUUUAAUUCUUCAAAUAAUCUCUGUUUAAAUGGACCUAAUUUUUGGUGUUUAAAUGAUACAACUGAAUUAUUAUGUAAUUUUACUAAUAAAACUAUUGGUCUAUGUGGAUAUACAAGUAAACGAUGUCAAAUAAAAACUGGUGAUAGUUUUUGUAAAUCAUCUCCACCGGCUCAAGAACAAUCGCCAUUUGAAUUUAAUGGUGGUUUAACUGGAGUUGAUGAUAAUUUAUUUUCAUAUUAUAUUCUUAGUCUUUAUUGGCCACCAUCUAGUUGUCCACCAAUAUAUAAUGAAACAAUUGAUUUAUUACAUUAUUUUUGUUCAUCAUAUACAGAUAUUAAUCAACCUGGUAGUGAACGUUUAGCAUUACAUGGUCUUUGGCCAACAUUUUCAACAAAUGGAAAUUAUCAAGGUUGGCCACAAUUUUGUUUAUCAAAUCAAAAUGAUUGGUCAAAAUGUCAUAUCAAUGGAAAUUUAUGUCCAUGGACAAAUACAACAAAAGAUAAUUUUACACAAGUUGAUUAUGAAUAUUGUUUAUCAAUGGAAAAUAGACAAGAAUGUCUUAUUAAUGCUACAGAUAUUCUCUUACCAGAACAAGAACGUUUAAAAAUAUUAGCACCAGGAUAUUUAGGUAUAAGAAAUUUAUUUAUUAAUCAUGAAUGGACUAAACAUGGUUCAUGUUGUUCAUUAAUAUUUGGAUAUAAUAUUUCCUAUUAUCUGGCUUAUAUGCUUAAUUUAGUUGAUAUGGCAACACGACCAGGAAGUUUAACUUAUGAAUACAUCCAACGUUAUGCUGGUGAAAAAGUUGGCAUUAAUUAUUUAAUUGCUGCUCUUAAUCAAACAGCAAUUAUUAAUUGUAAUUCUAAAUGUGAACUUGAAGAAGUUUGGAUGUGUAUGCAUCGAGAUCGUCAUACUGGUUUACCAAAUCGAUUCGUUACAUGUCCACCGGGUGCUCGUAAUACCAGUGAUUCAUGUAAAAAAGCUCAAUGUGAAUAUGUAUUUAUACCAUUGAGAAAUCAAUAUAGACAAAUUUCUACCGAUAAUUAUUAUUUUCCUCCACUAUGGACAACUUUAUUGUCAAUUAUUUUUCUAUUAAUUCUAUUGAAAUAUCUUAUAUUAGGUUUUGGUACUUGUUAUCAACUUCUAUAA